CUGCCUUGUUCCACGUAGUUGUAAGGUCUAAUUAGUGGACCUUAUUUCAAUUAUUUACCAUUUUUUUCCAACCAUAUCUUUUGGACUUCACUAUUAUUUUCUAAAUUAAGUGGGUAUAUAUAAGUCAUCAUAAGUUAGUUAUAGUUCUAAACCAAGUUUGAGUUCAACAAGAGAAACAACAAGAGAGAGAAAGGGAGUUAGAGAAAGCACUUCAAAAGAUUCAAAGAUAAUUUGUUCUCAUAGAAAUUCCUAUAUAUAGACAUCGUAUAAAUCAAUGGGAUUAUCAGUUUCCAUAUUGAUUUCAGCUUGGCAUGAAAUCUUGAGUCAAAAGUUGUUCACUCUCGUCUCCGACGGCCUCCUUUCCUCACCGGUAAAGCGUUUUCCGGUGAGUUUCAGGCGAACUGAAUCCUUUCAGAAGAGUACUACUGAUCAGUCGUCACCAAAUCGAAUUUCCGAAACAAACCAUUGUCAGAGUGGGGAGACAGGUGCUAAGAAAGAUCAUCAUCACAAGAAGCCUGAAAACAGUACUUCUAAAACAAAUCGAAUUUCUGAAACAAACCAUUGCCAGAGUACAGAAAUGGGUGCUAAGAAAGAACAUCCGAACAAGCCUGAAAAAAUUGUGCUUGAGAAAUCACCUUCGUUUAACACACUAGUUCAAGAGUAUGAUCCUACUCGUACUAGUAGUGUUGUUGUUGUAACGGGUUCAAAUGGACUUGUUCACAAGCCGUUGCCGGCAAUCACACUGCCUGAGCCUGCGGUGUUGUUUUCGCCACGGCCGGUUUCCGAGCUUGAUGCUGCUGCUGUUAAGGUUCAGAAAGUGUACAAGAGUUACAGGACUCGACGAAACCUUGCUGAUUGUGCUGUUGUUGUUGAAGAACUAUGGUGGAAAGCAUUAGACUUUGCUUCACUUAAGAGAAGCUCUGUUUCUUUCUUCAAUAAUGAUAAACAAGAAACCGCUGUUGCAAAGUGGGCGAGGGCGAAAACAAGAGUUGCUAAGGUAGGAAAGGGCUUGUCACAAAAUGAAAAAGCUCAGAAAUUAGCCUUACGACAUUGGCUCGAAGCAAUUGACCCACGCCAUAGAUACGGACACAACUUGCAUAUUUAUUACGAUAUUUGGUUUCAAUCCGAAAGCAGCCAACCAUUCUUUUACUGGUUGGAUAUUGGAGACGGAAAAGAGAUAAAUCUUGAGAAAUGCCCGAGGACUAAAUUGCAACAGCAAUGCAUCAAAUAUCUUGGACCGAUUGAAAGAGAAACAUAUGAAGUAAUUGUGGAAGAUGGGAAGCUAACCUACAAACAAAAUGGAGAGUUAGUUAAUACUGUUGGGGAGUGCAAAUGGAUAUUUGUCCUCAGCACAUCAAGAUCCUUGUAUAUAGGGCAAAAAAAGAAAGGUCAAUUUCAACACUCUAGUUUUCUGGCUGGUGCUGCUACAACUGCUGCUGGACGAUUAAUUGCAGAUAAAGGAGUACUGGAGGCUAUAUGGCCAUACAGCGGUCACUAUCUUCCAACAGAAGAGAACUUCAAGGAGUUCAUAAGCUUUCUCGAGGAUAACCAUGUUGAUCUCACCAACGUCAAGAAAUGUGCAUAUAACGAGGAAGGUUCGUUUAAAGUUCCUGAAGAUGAAAGCUCUCCUGAGAAGACAACAGAUAUCACAGACGAAUCAAUUCCAGCUGAAGAAGUCAAGACUAAAACAGAAGAAUCAGAGCCAUUCUCCUUUGCCAGACGUCUGUCCUGCAAAUGGGUCACUGGUAACGGGCCUAGGAUCGGGUGUGUUAGGGACUACCCAAUGGACUUACAGUCUCGGGCCCUUGAACAAGUUAACCUCUCACCACGUGUUACACCUGGAUCGUUCGGCCCAAUUCCUUCUCCACGGCCUAGCCCAAAGGUUCGUGUCUCUCCAAGGCUCGCGUAUAUGGGCUUACCAAGUCCAAGAACACAGAUGGCUGCAGCCUAACUUAUGGGACAAUGUAAAUCCUUGUGCAUCACAAUAAUUAUGGGACAAGCUAGCCGAUUAAGAGAGUUUUGAUUAUCUAAAGAUAACUCCCAAAAUGGCACUUCUCGUGCCUAGUUAAUGUGUUUUCUUCUAGAACUAACUUAUUUCUUCAUUCCUUCAUUUAGUAAUUUUUUUUUCUGUUAGAUUUUUUGAUCCAAUGUAAUGAUAAGGUGAAAAUGUAAUUGUGAUAUUUCUCUCGAUUAUUAAGGCUGCUUUUUAUUCGACUUA